AUGCCACAGCCAAGCCAGGACUGGGACGUUCUGGUUGUCGGAGGCGGCAAUGCCGGCUUUAGCGCCGCCAUAUCUGCGGCGGAAGAACUUUCCCAAUCCGGCUCAGAGCGUCCUCGGGUACUCAUAAUUGACAAGUGCCCCGAGUCGUGGGCGGGCGGGAACAGCUAUUUCACCGCAGGCGCCAUGCGCUGCGUGCACGGCGGCCUGUCGGACGUCUUGCCCCUUGUUAACAACGUCGAGGCCGAGACGGCGGACAAGAUCGACCUGGACCCCUACACUUCCGAUGACUUCCUGAAUGACAUGCACCGCGUAACAGACGGGAAGUACGACAGGGAACUGGGCCGCAGGUUGGUGGACGACAGCAACGAGACGGUCAAGUGGCUUGCGGGUCACGGCGUCCGAUUCCAGCUGAGCUUCAAUCGACAGGCUUACAAGAUAGGGGAUAGGCACAAGUUCUGGGGAGGGCUGUGUCUGAAGACGCAGGAUGGUGGGAAGGGACUCAUGGAGGACCACCGGAGGGCGGCAGAGAAGGUGGGUGUGACUGCCAUGUACGAAACGGCCGCGAGGAAGAUCGUGACAGACCCAGCCACAGGGGCCUUUGACUCUCUCGAAGUUGCAGGGAAGAACGGACUGGCGUCUGUGAUCCGUGCCAAGGCUAUGAUCCUGGCGGCUGGAGGUUUUGAGGCGAAUCCGCGGAUGAGGGCACAAUAUCUCGGACCCGGAUGGGACUUGGGACACGUGAGAGGCACACCGCACAACACUGGAGAAGUCCUUGAGAUUUCGAUGCGCGACCUCGGAGCCAGACAGGCUGGUCACUGGAGUGGGUGUCACAGUGUCGCUUGGGACGCCGACAGCCCUGCAAACACAGGCGACAGGGAGACAUCCAACGAGUUCACCAAAAGCGGCUACCCCUUGGGCAUCACGGUGAACAGGGCUGGGGAGAGGUUUUUUGACGAGGGCAGCGACAUUAGGAACUACACCUAUGCAAAGUUCGGGAAGGCAAUCUUGGCCCAACCAGGCGGCGUGGCGUUCCAACUGUGGGACGGUCAGGGUGCCCCAUGGUUGAGAAGCGAGGAGUACCGCGACGAGGUUGUGAGGAAGACGUUUGGGGACACCAUCGAGGAUCUGGCCUCGAAGCUGGAGAAGAAAGAAGGCCUCGAGAGUGCGGCGAGGCUGGUCGACACCGUCAGGGAGUACAACAAAGCAGCCUCGAGGCACAGGGAGGAGCACCCCGACAUGACGUGGGACCCGGCAGUCAAGGAUGGGCUAUCGACACAGUCAUCGGGCAAGACACUGCGGAUUCCAAAGUCGAACUGGGCCCUGCCGUUGACCAAGGGGCCCUUCAUGGCCAUCAAGGUAUGCUGUGGUGUCACGUUCACCUUUGGUGGUCUUGCCGUGGACCCCAAAACCUCAGGAGUCAUCUCCGAGUCGACAGGCAGGGUGAUACCCGGCGUCUAUUGCUGUGGCGAGAUGCUGGGCGGGCUGUUCUACGAGAACUACCCUGGGGGCAGUGGGUUGACUUCUGGGGCAACAUUUGGAAGGAGGGCUGGCAUCGAAGCUGCCGCCUUGGUGCUGAGCUCGAGACAACCAGGAGUUGUUUGA